UUCCAUCAGAUUAUUUUAGUUUUUAUUACAUUUAAUACUCAUUACAGUGAAAAGAGGCUUGGGUUGUGUAUUUGGGAUCAGUACAGAACACAGUAAAGCAAACCAAAAUGGUUUAAAAUUAGACUGCGAGAAAGUGAAGGGCGUGCGCUGCGCGUCGCUUGUAAGUCAGCCGAUGCGCAUGCGCAGUCCAUCGGAGCGACUGCUGUAGAGAAAACAACGGUAGGAGCUAGGCAGAGAGACGGGGCACAGACGUGGACCUACAUCUAUCAGGGCGCCUGCUUUACCAACAUUUCAUUGCUUCAUUUUGGCCUGACUUUCGCGGAUACGAAUUCGGUGGUGACACUGUAGAAUGCAGUGACGGUCUGACUGGUGGAUGUUCUCAGACAGUCUUUGCGGAGUGUUCACUGGAGCUGGCCUGUCAGGGGAAGAGCACGGUGUGAGCAGAGUACAUCCCUGUGAGCCAGAAUCUGUGUUCGAUAGGUGAUCUCCUGCCAAGGAGAUAGCAGCUGCUGCACACCUUUCACCUGGCCCCCCUUCCUCCCCACUGCCAACAUGGUGCUGUCACAGAGACAACGGGACGAACUAAAUAAAGCUAUAGCUGAUUACCUUCGUUCCAAUGGCUAUGAAGAGGCAUAUUCAGUUUUCAAGAAGGAGGCGGAAUUAGACAUGAAUGAAGAAUUGGAUAAGAAAUAUGCUGGCCUUUUGGAAAAGAAAUGGACUUCAGUUAUCAGAUUACAGAAGAAGGUGAUGGAGUUAGAAUCAAAGUUGAAUGAAGCAAAAGAGGAAAUUACUUCAGGAGGCCCUAUAGGACAGAAACGAGACCCCAAAGAAUGGAUCCCCCGUCCCCCUGAGAGAUAUGCCCUCAGUGGCCACAGAAGUCCUGUCACCAAGGUCAUCUUUCACCCGGUCUUCAGUGUCAUGGUGUCUGCUUCAGAGGAUGCUACAAUAAAGGUAUGGGAUUAUGAGGCCGGAGACUUUGAGCGUACCCUGAAAGGCCAUACAGACUCUGUGCAGGACAUCUCUUUUGAUCAGAGUGGAAAGCUGCUGGCUUCCUGUUCAGCAGACAUGACUAUAAAACUCUGGGACUUCCAAGGCUUUGAGUGCAUCAGGACCAUGCAUGGGCAUGAUCAUAAUGUUUCAUCUGUAGCUAUAAUGCCCAAUGGAGAUCAUAUAGUAUCUGCUUCUAGGGAUAAAACCAUUAAAAUGUGGGAAGUGGCCACUGGGUAUUGUGUGAAAACUUUUACUGGCCACAGAGAGUGGGUGCGUAUGGUACGGCCCAACCAGGAUGGCUCUUUGAUUGCCAGCAGCUCCAAUGACCAAACGGUGCGUGUGUGGGUGGUGGCUACGAAGGAGUGCAAGGCUGAACUGCGGGAACACGAGCAUGUAGUGGAGUGCAUCUCAUGGGCUCCUGAAAGUGCUAGUCCCACUAUACUGGAGGCCACUGGCUCUGAGACUAAGAAGAGUGGGAAACCUGGACCUUUCCUUCUGUCUGGCUCAAGAGACAAAACUAUCAAAAUGUGGGAUGUCAGCACUGGCAUGUGCCUUAUGACACUGGUUGGCCAUGAUAACUGGGUGCGUGGGCUGCUCUUCCACCCUGGUGGAAAGUUCAUUGUGAGCUGUGCUGAUGACAAGACUUUGAGGAUCUGGGACUACAAAAACAAGCGUUGCAUGAAAACCUUGAGUGCCCAUGAACAUUUUGUUACUUCUCUGGAUUUUCACAAGACUGCUCCGUAUGUGGUCACUGGGAGUGUAGAUCAGCAAGUUAAAGUGUGGGAGUGUCGCUGAUGUUACCUGCAGGACCUCAUGGUUACUACCCCCUCUUUCACCCCUGACCCAUUUCACUCUCCCUUCUCCGUCUCGCCUGGAUGCACUCGACCGCCAUGGUUAUGACUCACCUAGCUCUGGUUGAAUAACUAUUGUCCUUUUAUGUAAAUUAUUCUGGAUGUCAAGCUAUUAAAUGUUACACACACAAAAAAGUAUUCUUGCAUGGUAAAUCCAAAAUUGUAUACUGUAAAUUUGCAUAAUGUUGUCUAGAAGUACCAUAGGUUUAACCCAGGCUGAACCUUGACUCAGCCUUACCUGCCGAAGUCUUCUACUGAAUGCGUUAAUGUAGGGCACUAUACUGAUAACUUAAUGACAGCGUUGUUCUUGUCUUCUUCUUUUUUUUUUGUCUUUAUAUUUUUUUGUUUAUUUUUUUUACUUUGGUUUUCUUUGUUUUUUUUUUUGUUUGUCACUGUCACAAACUGUUGGUGUCUAGCUUGGUGACAUUUAGGGGGGACAACGAAAAGGAAUUCCUGUAAUCCUCAGAUGCCGACUUGACCUGUAGGGUUUAACGGAAUAAUCUGUAGCUUUGUAUCAUCAUUUUAAAGUGUGCUUACAAUUCUCUUAUUGUGGAACUAGAUACAACUUUAACACCUGCAUAUAAGAAUGAUUCAAACUAAGACAUUGGGGAAUAAAUCUUUGUACACUUGUCAUGAAAUGUUCUACUGAGAGCACCCCAGUGAUGUGGCUGUGUGUUUGAGAUUUGAGAGCAUCACCUCACUUGAAAUUUCCUCUGCAUUAACUGCAUAUGGAGCAGCAAAGCCAUGUACAUAGAUUUUGACCUCUUCUUGUUUUUUUUGUUUUAUCCCCCUCUUCCCCAGAAGCACUAUACAAUUAACACGCACCAAAACGCUGCCUCUGUGAAGCACUUGAAUUGGCCACUGGUGCUCUGACAAUGUAGUGCUAGUUUAAAGUGAUACUAAAAUGAAUACAAUUACUCUUGGGCUUGGUUAAUGUGUUAUUGGGUUGUAUUUGUGUCUACUCGCCAAGAAUCAUGUUGAUUUAACAUUUAAUUGUCUUGUUAGGAGAUGUAAGAUUUAUGCAGAGCAGGUGUUCCUGUACAAUGCAGAAGUUAACCCCCAGUUUGGACACAGAAUAUGAACACAUGACUUGAGCUCAAAGAGUUUCCCAGUGUUGGGUAGGGGAUGUGCAAAGAUCUCGGAUCUGUUUUUAAAUAUGUGGGAUGCUGGCAACAUCCCAGGUAUAUAUCAGUAUAAAGUUUGCCACUGUUGCAAGUUAUACACUGACUGACCGAUUAGUGGAAAUACAUGUUAAGGAAUCAAAUGCUACCAGUUGUUCUGCUUAUUUGCCUGAUGUUUCUGUGGAAAGGUCUGAUGAUAGCUUCUGUUGUAAGGUGGUUUUCACAUGCACAGCAGCAAACCCUCAACAAGGCACAACCAGCCAAUAGAGGAGCAGAGUGCAAGUGACAUUGUGAAUGCACCACAACAGAAACAUGGCCCUAAUUCAUUACUUUUGUCUUAUGAGCAGCACAUUAUCUCCUGUUCAUCUUCAAUCUAUGUGGGUAAAUGUAAAACAUAUACACUAUGGGAAAUUUAUUUAACAAAUCCCAAAGUGGAAGUAAACUAUUCCACAUGCUUAAAAAAAAAAAAAAAAAAAAAAACCCUGUUGGCAACAAAGCAAAAAUGUUUAAAAAAAAAUAAAAAAUAAAAUGAACUCACAUCCCUGUUCUUAGAUCUUUAGUCCUUUCAGACUAAAGGUGUAAGCAAUUUAAGACUUAUUAAUUUGUGCAAAAAACAAUACUGUUUUUAAUUUACCCUUUUCAUUACAAUGCAAUUAUAUAAUAAAGAAUUCCAUUGCUUAA